GCGCCCACGCGCGUGUCACGAGAUCGCGGUGGUGAGGUGGGGGAGGGGAAAAUCUGGAGAGGAUUCGAGCGAGCUGGCUGCCUGCUGCCACUGCCGCUGCCUCCGCCGCCACCCGCGAGCCGCGCAUGAGGUCUGGUCCUGUUGGCAGAGUGGCUGACCCCUUGGCGAUAAAUAACCAGGGCCGCAAACAAUGUCAACUUCCUGUGAUGAGUCUGUGGCAUCUGUUGAAGAAGUAACUGACAGCUUCUGGGAGGUGGGGAAUUAUAAGCGGACAGUGAAGCGGAUUGAUGAUGGAUAUCGGCUUUGCAACGAUCUGAUGAACUGUGUCCAUGAACGGGCCAAGAUUGAGAAGGCGUAUGCUCAGCAGCUGGUUGAUUGGGCCAAGAGGUGGAGGCAACUGAUAGAAAAAGGUCCCCAGUAUGGCAGUUUGGAAAAGGCAUGGAUGGCUAUAAUGACAGAGGCAGACAAAGUCAGCGAGCUACACCAAGAAGUUAAGAAUAGCCUACUGAAUGAUGAUUUUGAAAAGGUGAAGAACUGGCAGAAGGAUGCUUUCCACAAACAGAUCAUGGGAGGCUUCAAGGAGGCCAAGGAAGCAGAAGACGGUUUUCGGAAAGCACAGAAACCCUGGGCCAAGAAGAUGAAGGAGCUGGAAACAGCCAAGAAAGUAUAUCACUUGGCAUGCAAAGAGGAGAAACUCGCUAUGACCCGGGAAGCUAAUAGCAAAGCUGAGCAAUCUAUUACUCCAGACCAACAGAAGAAGCUUCAAGAUAAAGUGGAAAAAUGCAAGCAAGAUGUACAGAAGGCUCUGGAGAAAUAUGAGAAGGUUGUGGAGGAGGUGAAUAAGGGCACUCCACAGUACAUGGAGAGCAUGGAGCAGGUCUUUGAGCAAUGCCAGCAGUUUGAAGAGAAGAGGCUUAAUUUCCUGAAAGAGGUGCUGUUAGAUAUCAAGCGACACCUGAACCUGGCAGAGAACAGCAGCUAUUCUAAAGUCUACCGUGAGCUGGAGCAGACCAUUCGUAUAGCUGAUGCACAAGAAGACCUUCGGUGGUUCCGCAACACCUGUGGCCCCGGGAUGCCUAUGAAUUGGCCUCAAUUAGAAGAAUGGAAUCCAGAUGCAACACAAACAAUAAACCGAAGAGAGAAACCAAAAAAGAAUGAGGGGGGCAACACACCCAAUGCCAGUGGAGGUGGGGAAGCAACAGCACAGGGAGGAGAUCGUGGCAGUGUCAGCAGUUAUGAACGUGGCCAAGCCUACACCACAGAGUGGUCAGAUGAUGAGGGUGGCAACACUUACAACUCCAAUGAAGCCAAUGGCGGUGCCAAUUCCUUUGAAGAAGAACCAGCUGGGAAAGGUGUCCGUGUACGAGCUCUGUAUGAUUAUGAUGGACAAGAGCAGGAUGAGCUGAGUUUCAAAGCAGGUGAUGAAUUAACCAAAUUAGGUGAAGAAGACGAACAAGGGUGGUGCAAAGGACGUCUGGACAACGGGCAACUUGGUCUUUAUCCAGCUAACUAUGUGGAGUCUAUCUAAUUCUGUCAUGUUCUCCUUGUGCUGCCAGAAUUCAGCCCUCUCCAGUUCACCAUCUGUCUAUACCAGCCAAGUAGCCAUCUUGCUCUACAGUCAUUCACUCAGCACAGUUAGAGUUCCAAACAUAUUUUCCAAUCAAUCUUUUAUUUUUUUAAUUACAUCUCUAAAAAGUAUUUUGUGGUAGCUUUACUAUUUUAGUUUCUUAAAGAAAUGAGAUAUGAAAAGUCAACACUGUCACUGGAGGGCUUGUCUUAUAAAUGAAAGCCAAUACUUUAAAGCAGGGGUGUCAAACUCACAGCCCGCAGCCCAGAUGUGUCAUGUGCUGGCCCCACCCCCACCCAGUUUAGCAAAGGGGGGGAAGUCCCAUACGUCACCUGACGAUGCCAUGACGACGCGAGUUUGACAUCCCUGCUUUAAAGCCUAACCAAUAAGGCUUCUGAUUGGUUGGAUUUUGAUUAUAAUAUGUAGCUAAGAAGCAUUCCAAAUGGCUUAUUCUGUCUAACAUUUAAGCUCUGGGAAAAUACAAUUCACUCUCAUUGAAAAAACCGAAACAAACAAAAAAUAGGGAGACAGGAAAUAUAGUUUCUUGUUUCUUAUUUUUUUCUCACCCCUCUACAGUAUAUUUCUUACCUAUUUCUAUUAUAAGAACAAAAGACAAGAUAUAUUUGUUCUUUCCAAGAAGUCCCAAUCAGCAUUUUUUGCUGUAAUAGUCUACAUUGAUCAUCCAGCAAUCAUCCAGAACAAUUGCAGCAACUGAACGAUAUGGCAUGUCUGGUAUGUUAUGAAUUAAAAUAUUUGUUCCAUACCAAUUUCCUCAAUGCCACUAAAAUAUGUGGCUUGUUCUUUUUCUGAGUUUAGACAGGGUUGUUGAAUCUGAGGAACACCCAGUAAAACUCAAGAGAACUGGCUUCUUUCUCUCAACUUCUUUUGAGGAAUUGAACUGCAUUCCUAGGGACAUGAGUGGAUGCAUCCCUUUUGAAAUGCAAAGAUUAAUCAGAAAAUUCUUUUAUUUCCAGCCUGAGAAUGAGACUUAAAAGGAGAUGCAAAAUUAUGAAAACUAAUUACCAUUUAUACACUUAAACAGAUAUUGCACCAAGAAAAGAAAUGCACUGAUUGUGAAUUGGUAUUUUUUUUAAAAAAACUGUUGAAGGAAACACCUGUAUAUUCUUGAGCAGUGGAAAAUGAGUCUAAUUAGGCACCUUUUUUAAUUUAAACACAGAGGCAUUAUUAGAGAAAUAUGCAAGUGAUAUCAAGGUAACAUCCUAUCAAAUGAGAAACAGAUGUGUGCGAGGACAAAAGCAGGCAAAAAGCAAUUUGAGAUUAGCAGUUCCGCAAACUAAGAGUUGAAAGGAAUAAACAGGGAGCACACAGAAAAUUCCUAUCUAUUUUAUUGCUCCUUGCAAUUGUAGGUCAUGAGAUUUACAGAGCCAGUGCAAUUGAAGUCACUGUUCCAAAAUCCUUUUCACCAAUCAUUCACCAAGCCACAACUUCCAUCUACCUGUAUCAAUCUUUGGGCAAAGGCUUUGUAGGUCAUCUGCCACAUCUCUUUUAAUGGGCAGUAUUUCAAUUAGUCCCUUUUACUGUGUAUCUUGUACAUAAUAUACUCUAUGUUUAUGUGCUUCAUUCUAAUGCAAUCUUCCUCAUUAGGAAGAACUGACAGUACCUAUAGUUGUUAUUAUUGUAUUUGACUCAUAAUCUCAAAGUCCUUUGAUAGUUCAGUCUCUUGGCAUGAUUGUGCUUCUGAUACAUAUCUGCUUCUGGGGACAACAGAAUAACAACUGCCCAUCUCAUUUGAAGAACAGCCACUCAUUUAAGGAUUUACAACCUUUUUGGUGUUCUCCCAAGUCUUCCUUUCCUGGUCCCUCAAAACCAGGUGACUGCUCAACAUAGAUGUCUUCCUAGGGCAAAUAUAUCCUCCAUGCAGAAAUGCAAACUUUACACCAGGGUGAUGCACCUGCAUAUUCCCAGCUGUUGCUAUACUGAGCAGUGUUUAUAUUGAAGUAUUAUGGCAAAAGUCUCAUCAUAGUCUUCAUCUGUUAGUCUUUUGAAAUGACCAAGGUCAAGAAACAGAAGCAGCAGGGAUUUAUUUAUUGUAGUAAAGUAAAAUAGCAGUACCUUGCAAUCCUGUCAAAAUUUAUCUCCACCACAUUUUAUGCCAGACAAAAUCAAGAUGAAGUUAUUUUGAGUUAUUUUCUCAGAAUUGAGUAAAGUUUUCUCCCUCUGCAGCAGUUCCCUGCUCUCUUCCCAACAGCAGAUCUACAUUUUUUUCCACACCAUAUUUUUUAAUAUGUCCCCUUCUGGCUUUAUGCGCUGGGCAUCUACUUCUGCAUUGCAUUGGAUCUUGAAAACCCAUUUUCAACCCAUUAUUUUCUUUCCUUGCAGAUCAUUCAAUGAGUUCCUAAGUAUUCUUUUGAAAUGUUUUCAUUUCCUUUUUUUUUUGCAGGGUUUUUUCAUUGUUUAGAUUUGUUAGCAAACACUUACUCAAUGUCUUUCCAAGAACAAGACUCUUCUAUCUGUUCCUUUUUGGUUAUGUAGGAUAAACUUCAGGGUGGAACUUUUUUGUUGGAUCUCUCUGAACAUCAUAGCUGCAACGAUUCAGUUUAUGUUUCUGGAUCUGAUGUGCCAUUGAAUAAUUAGCACAUGUCCAUUGAAACAAAUGGAUUAAGGCUGAUUAUCCAACUGUAAGGAGUAUUCUUCAAAGUGUAUUCUGAACAUUAAAAUAAGUCAUGCUGUAUGUUUGUGUGGAGAGAUCCAGGAUUCUCUAUCCCUGCAGUAUUGCUAGUUUCCAAGCAACAUGCCUUCACCAUAUCUAUUACCAAGUUUGGUCCUUUUUAUUUUUGAUUCAUUGGUUUAGACCAGGAGUGAAAUCUACUUACCUUCCUUACCAUCUCGGAAGUGCACGCAUCACAUGCGCAUGUGCAAAACCUUCUGCGCAUGUGCAGAAGGUAAAAAACACAUUACUUCCUGGUUAAAACCAGGAAGUAAUGACACCUGGGUGGGAGGGCGGAGCUUUGCUCCACCAUUACUACCGGAUCGCCAAACUACCAGCCACAAUUGCUACCAGAUCAUGCAACCCAGUCUGAUCCAGUAGCAUUUCACCCCUGGUUUAGACUUUAAAACCAAAUACUCUAUUAUAAUAGGCUGGCAAAUAUACACUAGUUUGGGCUUCUUUCUAUGUUACAGUUCAUGGGGCAUAUUUAUGGCCUUAUUAAUAAUGUGCUUUUAAGAGGAGGCAGUGGUAACUUCUUCCACUGCGUCCUGUCAAGACAUACUCUGAUAGAGAGAAGUUCUUUGAAGAUGGGCUCCAGUACAAGUCUGAAAGCUCAGAAGGCAAAAUCUCUGAUCCCAGCGGCUGACCCAGAUUGGAUCCUGCAACAUUAUCUUGGGACACAUAUAUUCACCUUUCAUUCGUAACUUCUUCCAUGCAGAAAUUAUUUUCUGGUCCUGGAUCUUGCAGUAUGAACUUCAUUUCUCUUAGAGAGAGGUUUCCUCUUAGGCAUGUCAUGCAUUCUGGCAUAUAAAACAUAAUAAUCUCAUGUAAUUCCUUGUUCCUUCAAGUACUUUUUUAUGUUACCCACCAUGUAUUCACUCACAUUAUUUGUGUGUAGAACUAAGAGCUUUCUGUCAAAUUUGUUGCUUACUAGAGACACAUAAACGUACCUUAAAUUAUUUUCAUAAACUGAGCAAAUAGCUAGUUAUAAAGCUAAAGGAAAUUGUUGAAUAGCUUUUUGUUUCUGCCUGUUGUCAUUACUUUAUUGACCUACAAAUAUUGUCUGGGCCAGUUCCAGGAACAGCCUCAUCAAUUUUACUUUCGGGGCAUUUCAACUGAGCUACAUGUGGUUGCAUUCUCAAUCCUUUUGCUAAAUACUCAAAUUUCUGAAAAGCAUCUGGAUUCUUAUAUCUCUUUCUUCUGUGCCAUAGGCUUAAACACUGCAUCAUUUGGCUGCUUUUGCCUUAGCCACAGCACUAUCUAUUUCAAACAAUGCAUUUUCUGGGAGGGUGCCUUUCAUCAUUCUCCAUUUUGAGACAUGCGCACAAAAGUUGCCUUUAAAUUUUACUUCACACUGUUCCUGUGUCAUAGACUUUAAUGAGGGCAGACUGGACUCCAAAACCAGCUGUACAGAAAAGCGUGCAAAUAUUAUAAUUAACUAAAUAAAUAAAUCCAGGCCAUACAACACACUUUGAAUUGUAACACUAGUUUGUUUUCCUUUACUUCCUACACUCAGAGUCUUGCAGGUGAUAAAUUAUAAAGUUAAAAUUUGCCCUGUCUGUCUUCUCAUCAACCAUGACUCUGACAACGGACUAUAGUCUCCCAAUUCCUGGAAGGAAGAUUAAGAUCAGAAUAAUUGACAUUUCCAGCUUGCUACACAUUUUUUGUCUCUCAACUUGUCUGGUCAUUUCUGUCAUCUCAUCCACAUGCAGAUUUAUGGUUCACCCUUCUCUGAGCUGCUUAUUGCAGAGUCUUGCAAAAAGAUCUUCAUUUGAAAUUGCAGAUCUUUUAUCAUUUAUAAAUAAAACUCAAUAUCUGAA